UCAGAUCCAGAGCGAACGCGCACGCAGACGGACACGGCGCACGGAUAAAAUCAGAAAGAAAAAGCCAUAAAAUAACGGCACACAAAAGCAGCCAAAAGGCGCAGCAUUUAACAUUUUUAUGGCUGUGGUAACUUUUGCAACAAUUACAUUUGCCACAAAACAACGUGUCACAACAACGUGUGAGUGAGCUUCAAAUAAUAAAGAAAAACAACAACAAAAAAAAAAGAAAUUAACUGCUAAGCACAAACGUGGCAAGCGGCUCAAUUAUCUAGUAACUAGACACUAAAAAUAUAACAAAAAGAAGAACGAAGCAUCCCAUGAACAAAGUGUGAGAAGGUGUGAAGAGUCACGACCGCGAACAAUUUGUUGAAUACUACGUCGCGUUCCUCUAAAAGUAACCGAAAGCAAAAGUGAAUAAGAAAAUCACUUCUACUUCUUCUAUUCGCUAGAGUGUGUGCGUGUGCGAGUCUGUGUAUGUGUGCGUGUGCGUGUGUAACUACUUAAUACUAAUGCAAAUAAUUUCAAUAUACACACGCGCCUAGAAAAAAGCAUCAAGCACGCCAAGCAGUGUGGCCAACUAAACUAGAGUGGAAAAAACCACAGAAAAAGAGCCAAGCUCAGCAACAUUGGCGGCGCAAAAGUUAAAAAGGACAAAGACGAUUAAGCAGCUUUGCUCGACGUGGCGAAGCGGGAGGCAGCGGCAGCACAAGCAGAAGCAGCAUCAGCGUCGGCGUCAGCGUCAACGUCACAACAAGAAUAAGCUCGAAAGCAGCAGCAGAAGGACUAGUGGCUCAACAAGGAUUCGGGAGGCAGCUGCGUGUUUAGUGUAGAAUAUUUGAAAUCAAAGCGAAAGGGUAUGAGCGUGUCGGUGCGGCUGCAACUCAAACAGAAGCUCAACAUGCGCACAACGGCGGUCAAAAUGAAGAAUCUGCCGCAAAUCAAAUCAAGCAGUGCCAAAGCAACUAUCAAAGCCACAGCCACAGCGAAAGCCAAAGUCAGAGCCCAAAGAAGAGCCAGAACCAAAAACAAACUCAAACCCAAUUGACAGUAAGGAAAGCGGCAAGUGGCAGCCGAACGAGGAUUAGAAUGAAGUUGAGCAUGAAAGGAGAAGAAGGAGGAACAAACAGCAACAGCAACAGCUACAGCAGCAUAAAAGAAACUAAGCUAAUUCAAUCGCGUUUUCUAAGUAUUUAUUGUUACAUUCUUGUCGCUGCCUUGAUGAGCUACAUUCGCGCAAUUUGUGCCACCAUGAUGACGACAAGCUACAAGCACAACGACAACCACAACCAAAGCCAAAGCCACAACCAAACCCGCAAUCAUACCCAAAGGAGUCGCAGCAGCAGCUCUGCAUCGUACUUAGCCAGCCUGCAACUUCGCCCAGGAAUUUGCAUUAUAAGACUGAUAACAUUAAAGAGAUUUCUAAACAUUUUGGCCAUGCCAACACACAAUCAACCACAGCAGCAGCAACAGCAACAACAGCUGGUGGAACAACAACGACUGAAGCUGGAGCAAUCAGCGUCUGGGCAGCGCUAUUUAUGGCACUCGCUGGGCGCCACCGCCACCGCCUCCACUUCCACCUCCACCUCCUCAUCGGUGUCGUCCUCCACAGUAUCUGGCUCGUGUCGUGGCGCCACGUGGCUGCUACUGCUGCUGUUGCUAUCCUCGCUAUGGCCGGACUGCGAGUGCCUCCAUGGCGCCAAAUUGAGCAACAGCACCGUCAAGACCAAGUAUGGCUUGCUGCGCGGCAUUGUGGUCCGCACCACGCCCCUGGUCGAGGCAUUCCUUGGCAUACCAUAUGCAUCGCCGCCCGUGGGCAGUCUCAGAUUUAUGCCACCCAUAACGCCAUCGACGUGGAAAACGGCCCGCAAUGCGGAUCGAUUCUCGCCCGUUUGCCCACAGAAUGUGCCCAUACCGCCCAAUGGACCCGAGGCUCUCCUCGAGGUGCCCCGCGCCCGUCUCGCCCAGCUGCGACGACUGCUACCGCUGCUGAAGAACCAAUCGGAAGACUGCUUAUAUCUAAAUAUCUAUGUGCCCUACCAGCUGCAGCGCCAAAGACGGGAAAAUGGCCAGGACAACGAGAGCGCCAGUUCAACUUCGAGUUCCAGUUCCAGCUCGGGCAGCAUCAAUGCAGACAACAUGCUCUCCACAGUGGUCUUUAUACAUGGUGAAUCGUACGACUGGAACUCGGGCAAUCCAUACGAUGGCUCUGAACUUGCCGGCCAUGGCAAUGUCAUCGUUGUGACAAUCAAUUUCCGUUUGGGCAUCUUUGGCUUCCUCAAGACCGGCGGCAAGGAGAGCGCCCAGGGCAACUUUGGUCUCAUGGAUCUCGUUGCCGGCCUUCACUGGCUCAAGGAGAAUCUGCCUGCCUUCGGUGGCAACCCUCAGAGCAUCACCUUGCUGGGUUAUGGCACUGGCGCUGUGUUGGCCAACAUUCUAGCCGUGUCGCCUGUUGCUAGUGAUCUCAUGCAGCGCACUGUGCUCAUCAGCGGCACAGCUCUUUCACCUUGGGCUAUACAGAAGAAUCCGCUGUUUGUUAAGCGACGCGUUGCAGAGCAAACUGGCUGCCAUGGCGACAUGUUAUAUGAUGAUCUGGCUCCUUGUCUGCGCACCAAAAGCGUAACCGAACUCCUGGCCGUUAAGAUCGACCAUCCACGCUUCCUAGUUGGCUUUGCGCCCUUUGUAGACGGCACUGUGAUAUCGCCCAACACCGAUGCCAUGUCCAGCACUGCGUUGCCUCUGGGUUCAGCUAUAGUUAGCACUUCAGGAAUUGAAUAUGCCAACUUUCCUAAACGUGAUCUCAUCUUCUGUCUAACAUCUGUAGAGUCCUAUUUGGACUUAAGUGCUCAGGAUCUGGAGUUUGGCUUCAAUGAGACGCGAAGGGAUCGCAUACUGCGCACUUUUGUGCGCAACAAUUUCCACUAUCAUCUGAACGAAAUAUUCGCAGUACUUAAGAAUGAGUACACGGACUGGGAGAAGGCCAUCAGAAAUCCGCUAAGCUCGCGCGAUGCAACGCUGCAAUUCCUGAGCGAUGGGCACACGGCUUCGCCGUUAAUCAAAUUGGGUUAUAUGCACAGUUUACGCGGCGGUCGAACAUAUUUCAUGCACUUUAAGCAUCGCACUGCCGAGGAGGAAUAUCCACAGCGCACGGGUUCGGUGCGUGGUGAGGAUGUGCCCUUCUGGCUGGGAUUACCGCUCUCGCCGCUCUUUCCGCACAACUAUACGACGCAGGAGCGGCAAAUCGGACGUCUCAUGCUGCGCUAUCUGUCCAACUUUGCCAAGACGGGCAAUCCGAAUCAAUCCACGGCAAUGGCAGCGUUGCCCACCGGGGAAUCACAGCAUGUGCAGCGCAAGCGUUCACUCUCUGGCGAGGCCUUGAACCUGGCCGUCAUCUACAAUCAGCGUCGCAGCAAUGCGAUGCACGAGAAGCGUUCGUAUUUCCGGCGACGAUUGCGCAGCAACGAUGGCAACAACAACGAGCCGGGCAACAGCGAGCAGGAUUUGAGCAACUAUGAUGGCGACGAGCUGCCCUUCUGGGAUGCCUACGAUGUGGUCAAUCAGCUGUACAUUGAGUUGGGUAAUAAGGCCAACAUUCAGAGCCAUUAUCGUGGCCAUAAACUGUCCAUGUGGUUGAAUCUUAUACCGCAGUUGCAUCGACAUUUCAACAUCAAUGAUCAGUCCAUGCGACAUCAUCAGUUUCAGGAUGAUCUCAACAAUCGCGAUCUCUAUGAAGGCGUUGUGCGUCCGCAGCUGCAAACGAAGCCCGCUGAUGAUGAUAAUAUACUGAUCAUACAGACCACAAGAACCACAACUCCAGCGCCCACCACAAAGCAGGAGCAGCUCAAUGCCACCGCAGCUGCAGGCGCCACCACAACAGAAUGCGGCAUCGAUGGCGCCAUGUCCGUCUCUGAGCUGACCACCACACAAGCACCCAAGGACAAUCGCAGUCACACACAUCAGGAGACGCACAAAGAUCUGGCCACGGCAUCCACCGGCAUCAUUGGCAAUCUGGAGCUACUGCGUCGCCUCAGCGGCAAACAGUUCCAGAGCUACACCACCGCUCUGAUAGCCACCGUGGCCGUGGGUUGCUUUCUGCUCAUACUCAAUGUGCUCAUCUUUGCGGGCAUCUAUCAUCAGCGCGAGAAGCGAGCUCGCGAUGCCAAGACCAAAGAGGAGCUGCAGGAGGGCGAGACCAGCAAGAAUUCCAGCAUACUGAAGCUGAAUCAAGCUGGACCCAGCGGUGAUGUCAGUGAUGCGUAUACGUUGAGUGGCGCCGUCGUGGACAGUAAGGGCGGCAUGGGCAUGGUCUUCGGUGAGUACAGCUGCUACGAUGAGAAGACCAAGCAGCUGAAGGAGGAACAGCUGCUGGUUGAAUUGCCGCCACCUCCGCCGCAAACCACGCUCAUGAUUGACAGCUGGGAGCCGUGUUCCACCAGCACCCUGGAUCUGCUCAAGACACGGCCGCCGCCGUCAGCAGCUGGAGUGCAAUCCAUUGAGAUGGUCAGCUACAAUGCCACGUUGCCAACGUUGUUAGAGAACACUGCUGGACACUCGGCGCCGGGCAGCAAACGUGGUUCGUUUGUCGUGGACAACAGUUGUGCCCAGCUGCAGUUCGAUUAUGCGGUGCAAUCAUCGGAUCAGAUGUCCUUCAAGGCCAUCGAGGAGGCUGUGAAGGCAGCGGCCAGCGGUGACUCUGAAAUCAUGCGUGACGAUGACAUUCCCGAGCCUCCGCCGCCGCCACGCUCUUUUCUAGCUGCUCAGCAGCAACAACAGCAGCAACAGCAACAACAACAGCAGAUGGGCAUCUUGCGGCAGGCGGGGCAAACGAGUUCCAGUGGCGCCUCGGGCAGCGGCAAGAAACGUGUACAUAUUCAGGAGAUCUCUGUCUAAGCCUCCAAGUACUCCAAGUGCUCCUUUUGACAUUGACCUUCCACUCGUUCAAAAACUCCACACUGUCAACCUAUGCUUUCCUUAUUUCCAUUCCUAGAGACUGCCUUGCAUCUUUAUCUGUUAGCCAUUUACUUCGUGAGAAUGGGCCUUGGUUUGAGAGUUUAAACUUUAAAAGAGAUGUUGUUGUAUACUAUAUUAUAUCUUCGUCUGUUUGUACAUUAUGUAAAUGUUCCUUGUAGUCGUGGGUCGCGUGCAUAAAACUAAUCAGACUAUGUAGGCCUCAUAUUAACUAUUAUAGUACAUACAUAUAAUUAUUAUUAUUAUUAUGAUUGUCUUAGAUUGUAAUUGUUUUUAGGUCGAAUAUGUGUGUGUGUAUAGUUUAUGUUCAUUUUGACACAAUCUAGUUAAGGAUUCUGAACGUAUUUUAUUAUGAUUAUUACAUGUUUUUGCUUGUUAUGUAUUUGAUAAUAAUAAAAGUAAUAAUAAUAAUAAUAAUAAUAAUAAUAAUAAUAAUAAUAAUAAUAAUAAUAAUUAGCGAAUGUGGGAGGACAAGUACUUAUGUAUGUAUGUAACUGGCUUUUAAAUAUUUAUAACAACUACAAGUACAUACAACCAAUAUAUAAUACACACAUAAUGUACGAGUAAAUGUAUUGUAAAAUAUUGAAUCUAUUUGUAUGAAAUACACAUGUAAUGACAAAAACGAAAAUCGAAAUAAAUGUAUGUAUUAUUAUCGGCAUUUUGAUGGUGAUAUUGCAAAAA